AUGGGACUGAGAGUCCACACCGUGUUGGCCUCUACCCUGGUGUAUUUCAUCCAGCUUCCUUGGGCAAGAUGUGAGGAGAGCUGUGUCAGUCCUGAACAUUGCCUGACCACAGAUUGGGUACAUCUCUGGUACAUAUGGUUGCUGGUGGUAAUUGGCGCCCUGCUUCUCCUGUGUGGCCUGACCUCUGUGUGCUUCCGCUGCUGCCUGAGUCGCCAGCAAAAUGGGGAAGAUGAGGGCCGGCCACCCUACGAAGUGACAGUCAUCGCUUUUGAUCAUGAUAGCACUCUCCAGAGCACGAUCACCUCCCUGCAGUCAGUGUUUGGCCCAGCGGCUCGGAGAAUCCUGGCGGUGGCCCACUCCCACAGCCCGCUGGGCCAGCUGCCCUCCUCCGUGGACACCCUCCCAGGGUAUGAGGAAGCUCUUCACAUGAGUCGCUUCACAGUGGCCAGGUGUGGGCCGAAAGCACCUGACCUACCCUCAGUGCCAGAAGAGAAGCAGCUGCCUCCGGUGGAGAAGGUGUGGUUGGCAAAUGGAAUAAUUGGGGUUCUGUUACCUGUCUUCGUGAGUAGAAUGAUUUAUGCUAUUUACCCUGUGGUUGGGGAGGUGAAGUACAAACCAUUUACUCUUAAGCGCAAACGGCAGCAGGAACACAAACAAAAUGACGCCAACGUGGUGAAGGAGGGGUCACCGGCUAAGGAAGCCAGCCUCGCUCCCAAGGUGCCCGGCGAAGCAGCAAAGGGCAACAUGCAAGCGCAGGCCAUGUCUGCACCACCGGCCAAUGGAACCCCAGGACCCUCGUCCCCGGUUUCCCCAGAUUCCAGAUCCCAACCAGCUGGAAAAGGCUGGUUUUUCCCUUUCGGGGAAAGCCGCCGCGGGUUCUUCACCGACCUGCCUGGACCUGCAGACGCGAGGAGCCGAGAUCCCUUCCCAGAGCUCGGCCUAGAGCUGCGGUGCGACGGGAGCUGCCAUUUCCGAGGCGAUCCCGAGACGUCCUGA